CAGGUUGAGGCACAUUGUUUGAGGCUUUUUGACACUAAUGAUCUGUUGAGUGGGAAAUUACCACUGAAGUUAUCCAAAUAUGUUUAUUUCAGCACCGAGAGGAGAGACGUUUUUGUUACAUUUUUAGGAGUGCUGGAUUUAGAGUUUAAAUUUUCAUUUUGUGCCGUUCAGUCUCUCAUGAUUCUAGUUUUCUUUAAAUAAAAAUGUAAGAAGUUCAUGCUUUAACUAGACAUGUUAUUUUGUGAGUAAUAUCACCAAUGAGGAUGUCCUUCCCUUUUAUUUUGAAAGGUCACUGAUUCAGCUACUUACCCACGUUGUGUAGAAAAGCACGACUCUCCCCCAGGUGCCCUCUCCUAUCCAUGUCUGUGGGUGUCACGUCGGUGUCAGAAAGGGCAUCCUGUCGUCCCCGCUCAGGAGAACCUGUUUCCUCUUGUGUCUCUGCUCCCUGCGCCGACACACUCUUCCUCGCGUUACUGAAUACACACAGAGACAAUGGCACAUAUAAAGCAGGCAGAAACACACAUAUUCUCAUCAUAUUGAACAAACAGGCAGGCAGAGGAUGAGACACCUGCAUUCUAGGGGGGACUUGUGAUGACUGCACUCAGGCAGAGCGGGCUGCCAGAAACUGUUUUUGUUCAGUUCAGCAGGUGUUGUAAAGACAACACAGACUCAUGACCUGUUUUUGUAACCUUGAGAGAUCUUUGACUUUGCUCUCAUACACAACCAGGAGCAGGUGAUGAGCUCCAGGCCUUAGGCUUUAAACUAGAAUCAAUGGAUCUAAAACUGGGAUUAUACUGUAGAUAUAUACAGUAUAUUUAUUUGUUGACUGAAAGUCUGAACUAAGCUGGGGAUAUGGAUUUUUUAACCUCUCCUGUGUGAGUGAGACUGUUGUCACGGUUGCAGCCGCACUAUACCACAUCGCCCUAAAAAAGCAUUCUCCACUCACAGUAGGAUAAACCUGAUUGAAAUAAUAAAAAACUUAAUUAUCAUGGAAAAUGAUAGAUCUCAUUAAGCAGUUACUAAUAUGUGCAAAAAAGGAAACAAGGAAAAAAAGUCUUACUUGUUUCCCUGAAUCAAUGUGAUAAUGCUGCGUUCCAGUUGUUCUUGAAAGUCAGAAUUUCCAAGCUCUGAGUCAGAAAUUCAUCUUGAACGCCCCCCUGAAGUCAGAUUCCUGACUCGGAAAGUCAGACGAUCCUCCCCAACCCCAACUUGACAACAUCAUAAUCCAAGAUGGCAUCGCAGUGCAUCAACAGUAAAGAGUAACAGUGAAAGCUCUCGUCAUGUUUUACUUAUCAGUACUUCUGUUUUGUUUUUGUGAAAUUAAAUAAGCUGUAUUUGUUGUACUGCCCAACGUCUAACUGUGAACACGGUGCUAUGGUGUUUGUACGAGUAAAAUACCGCGUUGUGCGUAUUGCUAACAACGGCUAACGGUAGGCGUCCAUCUUGGUUUUCCCACUUGUUAACUGGAACGCCGUAAACUCGGGUGUAGCACCAUUCCCAGCUCCGACAUCUGACUUCUGGGGUAACUGGAUCGCAGCAUAAAUAUUGCCUAAUUAUGCAUAAAAAUACAAAAAUUUCUUGCCUGAAUUUUUUGGGGUUUCAAAAACAUUUUUUUCCCCCAGUUCACCUUUAGGGCCACCGUACCUGUAUGCACUAGGCCCAGUAGCUUAGCCUUCACCUGCUACAUAAAGUUAUCUUGAGGGUUUGAAUAUAAUGAAUCUUCCCCCUCACUUCUACACAUUUACACACUAAAGAAUAACAAACAUUGACCAUAAAGCUGUCAAUAGCCGGCAGUUGUUUACCACAAACUAACAAAUCCUGCUAUCAGUGGAGCAAACAGAGGGUCCGAGGAUCCCUGUGAAUGGUGUGAGGGUCGUUGUGUAAACAGACGAGGAGAGGAACCCUUCAACAAAACAAAGAUUUAAAGAGGAGAUAGAGAGGAGGAGAUGAAGCUGUGAAUGGGGAAGAGGAGAUAAGAGAAACACACACACACAUACACACUCACACGUUCAGGGAGUGAGCAGCGCGCGCACCUCUGAGGGAGGAGGAGGAGGAGGAACCAGAAAUCUUCGCUCGUUUACUUAACAUCACAUCCACACCGCCGGGGAAGCAAACACGCUCCUGAAGCUGCAGAGGAGGAAGAGGAGCGAGUGUCUGUGUGUGUGAGCAGAGAUAGAGAGAGAGCUGUCACCUGUCUGCACCUGGAGAGCCUCGAGAAAACAGAGCUCGUGCUUCUUCUUCUUCUUGUUCUCCUCACGCGCCGACUUUACAACUGAUUUACCCGGGAAAGUUGUGAGAAGUCUGCGGGGACUUCCGGGCAUGGAGGCACGACUGUCCUGAUCAUUGGACGGAUUUUUACGGCGAUUUCUGACUCUCGAAAAAUGGUAAGUACGAGAAAAUACGAGAAAUUAUCCUUUUCGUGAACGCUCCUCACUCAUACUCUCGGAUAUAGUGUUUUAAUUUAAUUUAAUUUAAUUUAAUUUAAUUUUUUAUUUUUUAUUUUUUAUUUUUUGUUGAGACUUCCACAUUUGAUAAAAUAGUCAAAAGAUUACCUGUAUGUGUGGGCUAAUUAACUUAAUUUGAAUAAUAAAAAGUUUUCAACUUUUUAAUCUUUUUUAUACAUAUUUUUAUGAUACUUUUAUCAAAUCAAUAUGAUCAACAAAUUACUAAAAAAACACUUUAAUACAAUCUGAUAAAUGAUAAAAAUGUCCUCUUGUGGUUUAUCAGUUUACAAAAACAUCUAAUGUAUCAAACAAGAUAAAUAAAUAUAUUUGUUAAAUUUUAAUGACGCUUUAAUUUUUUGGGUGACAUAAACAUUUCAGCUCCAAAACAAAUUAGAUUUUCUGGCCAUAAUUUGUGGUUUCAGGCUUUAAAGGGUUAAAUUUAAGACAGAUUUUGACCCCAAUGCCCUCUUGCUUUUUGCAAUUGUCUCACUGGUUAUAUCCACAAUAAGUUCACAACCAACUAUAAAAACAGUUAAGAGGACUUAAGAUUGCUUAAGGCUUUGAUUUUUAAAGGAUUUUAAGGGAUUAAUCCAUCUGAUCUCUUUAGAAACAAGCAAAACUGUUAAUCAUUACCUUGUUUUGUUUUGCUUUUUUUAAUCUCUGUAAUGUCUGAUUGUUCAAAAAGUAAUCAGCAAACAUAACUGCAAGUUAUUCCUUUCUUAUAAUCAGGGAUCCCAGUCAUCAUGAAACCCUCUGAAACCUGUCUGGAAUUUUAAUAUUUCUCAAAAAGCCUGGUUUUCUACUCCAACAUCAUUGUUUUUGAUUAUUUCUGACAUCAAAUCCACCCUGUAAAGAGAUGUUGGAGUGAAAGUGUGUGAGGCACCAUCUCUCAGAUUGGGCUCCUUUGUUUUUCUUGGUGCUGCUUGAGUCAGUGCGGGGCUUUAAGUACAGAAGAUUACACCCAAAUCACUGACACUCCUCUGCAGCCAUGCAGGGACCCUCAUUAACUAAAUUAGGGGAGCCUCGCUAAGCAUUUUUCAAAGGCUGGCAUUCAUAUUUUUCAAGGACCCCUUCAUGGCUCCAGACUAGAAACUCACACACUGUGUUCCUUUGCCAACCAGUGAAAUCACCUUCAGACUUUGACUAUCAGUUGCACACAUGGUGGUGCUAAAAUUAAUGGGGCCCUUUUGGUUAUUUUAAAAUGAUGUAAAUAAACAGAAGAAGAGUAAAAACAUCAAAAAUAGACCUACUUUGUUUAAAGUAUACAGACAGUGAUUUAAUGCCACUAACAAAGGGAGAAGUUCUUUUUGAAAAUUUAAGAUUUUGUGUACUUAAAUCACAAAAUCUCAACUUUGCUGUGAUAAACAUUGACACCAAAGCAUCCUUGUUUAUUAAAAACCAUCACUACUACAGGGAAACAAACAGAUACUUCACUGAAAGGCAUUUCCCUCAAAAAUAUCUCUCAUUUUUUUAAUUUCAGUUGAAUAAGUUUUGGACGAAAUAUAUCUCCUGACCUGAAAUAUACUCGCAGCAUUUCUGGCAGGUCUAAGCAGCAGUCUUAUUUAAUUUCAUAUCGCCGCUGUAUCAGAUUCAGGUCUGUGACAGCCUGUAAAUCUCAGUAAAUCUCCUUUAUAUACCUGUAUUUCACACGGCACCAACAACAUCCUGGGGUCAUUCUGUAGGGGGUUUCAGACCACAUACUGCAGGUAUGCUUCUGGGGCGUGUUUGAUUUAACACUGCGGUUUGUCUCUUAAUAACAUUAGGCCUCAUUUCUGGGCUCCUUGGACUCCCCACGGCAGGCCCAGGACCUUCUCAGUCUCUCUUCCUCUCUCUCCCUCCAGCCUUCAUGGUUCUUAUUACCGCCUCUAAUAAAUUGUGAAUAAGCAGCAGCCCCAGAAAGUCCCGAGCUGUGGAGAAUUCCCCAUCCUGUAACGCAAGGCACCCCUUCUUAAGAAAACACAAAUUAAUUCCAAAGCCCUUCUGAAGCCAAACGUUUGUGGAAUGAUAAAUAUUUUCUUAGGAAGCUCUGCUCUUCCUGACUUUAUCUUCACCAAUUUUCAUUAUACUUCUUCGCUAUCGCACCGUUUCUCUCUGAGCUCCUGUGUAUCCCUCUUCUUCAACCUUUCUCUUCUCUGGGAGUCAUACAGGCUUUCUUAGUUGACCUCAAGGUUCACCCAGGGCUCAGAUGUUCUUGACCCAUAUAGUCUAAAAAAAUAUUCAAAAUUAUAAUACGUCAAUUUCAUUUACAGCCCUUAACGACCAUUUUUGAUUUUUAACACAAAUAGAACAAGUUUUAGCUUUUAAAAAUUGAUUGUGAUGUUUUUUUGCAUUGACAAAUGUUGGACGUGUAAGGAGCACUUUACACAUCAUAUGUCUGACAUGUGAUGAGGGUGACAAAUACCUGUAUAUUAGCUUGCAUUAGACUGAUAAAACACCAACAACAAGCUUCAAUAAUAAAUACUGCCAAACAGAAAAACUGACAGUUCUCCAACUUUGAGAAAAAAUCGUUAAACUCUCAAACUAACACGCUUUUAACCUGAGUUUUCAGAUAAAAUUAUGAAAUACUAAAAAAAAUAACUGUAUUGUGUUACCAUAACACUGUGCACAACUGUGUUACUUUAGUUUCUUCAUUAUUUGUGUGUCUAAAUGUGGCUUUUUAUUUUACUAAGUGGUUAUCCUGAAAAAGCAGUACAAAGUGAACGAGUGAUAAUAGAGUAUCUUAAUACUGUAAAAAAAAACACAGAAAGUUGUGAGGUAAUUUACUGUUUCAGACUAAAGGUUAAUAAAAUCAAAAUUUUAGUUUUUUUCUUCAGAGUUUUAGGUUUCAGCUUUUGGAAAGUGCUUCUGAACUUUAUCCAGCUUCAGAAGAAGUAGCAGCAUGAAUGUAGCCUGAUAUGUGCAGCUGUCCGCAUCGAACAGCAAGUCUGACCAGAUCAAAACGCUCUUAACUAUUUUAUGGAAAAGCUCAAAGGUACACAUUAAAAAAAGUUAGUUAGUUAGAGAAGCUGAAACAAAGACAGAGCGUAAAAAAAAAUCAAAAUAUUUUAAAAAGUUACUGAGCAAAUAGCUUUAAAAAUACAGUUUUGUUUCCCAUCUUUAUAUCUGCGUGUGAGGAUCCAUUUAGAAGCAGUGUGUCUGUUUAGUUUUGACACUUUAGUCUGCAAGUUUGCAUUUAAAUAUCAUAAACUUUGUAGAAUAAAAGGUCCGUAAAGAGAAGAGUUGCAGGUUGAAUAUUAGUCUUGAAAGUAAUCCCACUUUCCCCUCCUAUAUGUCUUCACCUCUCCCACCCGUUCCUCCCUUUUUCAAUUCCCUAAAACCCCAGGGAGCACCAAGGGAGGCCCAGUGGAGAUCUGUAUGAGUGUGUGUAGUGUGUGUAUUAAACCCUGGACUGUCAGCAGACAACAGCUGUCCGUCUUUCUGACUAUCUCCUCUCCUUAUCUGAUCCUGAACACGCUGAAGCCACACACAUCGCAGCCUGCAGUGACCGUAUUUCAUAUUUUCCUGCGCAAUAACAAGGGUUUGGGUACUUUCCACUGAAAAGAGAGUUUAAUAAUUCGCUGCAGCUCGGGGACUAUUUUCUUAAAUGUCAGAAUUUUUCUCCAGCUUCACUUCUCUUGGUCAAAUCUAUUUUUUUCUCAGUUUCUUUCCUUCUUAUCUCAUUUUUCCCUCCACUCUCGUGUCUCCAAAAAGGUAUAAAUCACUCCCUCCUCUCUCACUUUUUCUGUCUCGCACACACACACACACACUCAGGCUCGCACAGUAAAUCUAACAGUAAAGAAGUAAUUGGACCUCGGACUGUCUGUGUCGCCAGCGAGUUUAAGCUACCAGCGAGCUUCGUCUGGCCAGCUGUUAGCAACUAGGGCGGCCGUUUGCUGUAUCUGCUGAUGAGACUGAUGGGAGGGCAAACCUUUUUGUCCUAAUGACUAAUAAAGUGGCCAGUGUGUGUGUGUGAGUGUGUGUGUGUGUGUGUGUGAGUUCAUUAGAGGAGGCAGGGGCACUCAUGCAGUCAGGCGUGCGUCAAUUUGGAGUGUGUGAGUGAGUGUGCGCGACCACUCUCCCCAUCUCUGGACCAGAUGUUUUUUUUUUUCUUACCUGGGAGCCAGACCACCAUCUGACUGAGGUCAGCGUGGUCCUUCAACCCCACAGCCGCUCCUCCAGACUGCAGGGAGGUCUGCCAGCUGUCCCCCGCUCUGACCCUCGUCCCGGGGCACUGGUUCUGGGGGAGUCAAAGUCCUGGGUUUGGAGUAGGUGGUCCUUUUUAGCAUUGGCGAUAAUACAGAGAGGAGAUUAUUAGAUAUAUUAUCGGGAGUGUGAGCGCGAGGGCUGGAGCCAGGAGGAGCGAAAGAAAGAAUUAGGAAGGAGCAGUGAGGGUUUGCUGGAGGGAGAACUGGAAAAUAAAAGCAGUGGCAUUGUUAAAUAAGGAGGUUUUGAUUACGGGGGGGAGCAGAGGAGGAGGGAAGGGGGGGUCUUCUGGCGUUAAAGCGGCCUUGUUGCAGGGAGUUAGUCAAGUGGAAAGGAAAGGCCACCAAGCCUGGGAGGUAAAGUUACACAGCGGAGACAGAGUCGGCAACAGGUCCCCCGCUGCCAGAGAUUAACUGGAGCUGCUCAGAGAGUGACUUCUGUUUCUUUCAAAGCGGUUCUGUCCUUACGCAAUUUGAAUUUUAAAUCCCUUUCAGUUAAAGAGUAAAAGCCAGGUGUGUGUGUGUGUGUGUGUGUGUGUGUGUGUGUGUGUGUGUGUGUGUGUGUGUGUGUGUGUGUGUGUGUGUUUAGAGGAAAAAAACUGCAGAGACUUCAUUGUUCAGGUUUCCAAACAGGUCGCCCAAGUUUCCUCAUCAUUUUAGGUUGACGAUGUAAACAUUAGAUCUGCAGACGUUAGCACGCCGGCCGUGUGAAAGCUAGGUGAGAUGGGUCACUUUGACAGACGUCAGACUCCUGUCUGUGGAGUCAACAGAAACAAGACAGCUCAGGGGUGAGAUUAGCAUUUUCACAGCAUCAAAAGCGACCCACUGUUGCUCUGGGUUUCUGCUGACUGAGGCGGCUGUCUGCGUGUAAACAGAAACAAUCUCUUAAUUGACUUUGGCAUGGCAACAUCAGUGAGUUGUUGAGUAUCAAGUGUAAACAGAUUAGCACCAGUAAAAUGCAGCUAAUAAUAGAGCUGUUGUGAUAGCCCACUGCAGGAGAAACAGGAGAGACACAAGAUCUGCUCAGACUAGGUGAUUUGGUAAAACCUAUCAAACAGUUAUAUCCUGAUCUGUUGUUGUUUCUUUCCAAACUGUCUGAGUCAUAAUUAAUAAUGUUAUUAACUUAGGACGGCUGUAGAGCGCCAAGAAAUGUGCGCAUUAGAAAGUUAGGGUACACAUGCAGGGAAUCAAACCGCUGCAGCCUCCAUAAGUGGGGCGCUUAACACCACUCAGGUCCCUGUAUCAUUAUAAUUUGGUCAUUCUAGAUGAAGAUAUGCUGUUUGACGAUAUUGUACCAUGGCAACAGUGGAGGAGGUUUCCAGAGAGUUGGCCAGUUUGACGAAAGUGAGUUCAAAGAUUUGGGCAUUACUUGAGCAGACAGUUCUGAAAUAAAUGAGAUCAUUUAGAUCUACAAAAGAAGGAAAGUAAAAAGUCAAGAUCAUAACUAAAAUGAACAUAGUACCCACUUUUUAUUUUACAAAAACAACUAUAUUAUAUUUUUAAAUCUGAAACGAAACACCAGACAUUUAAGGACACAACCAUGGGCAUUAGAAAAACCACAGACUGAACCCUUUUUUGCUAUUUUUAAGCUGUUAAUCUCGAGAGAAAAAUAAACAGUAUAAAAAGAAAAUUUGUCCUUUUAGACAAACUUUUUAGUUUAGAUAUAAAGUGUAAAAGUCCAAACAUCCAGGGGAGAUUGUUGGUGUUUGUAAUCAGUGAUCAUUUAUUUGAACUUUGAGUCUCAAUCAAGUAUCUGUACUGUCUGACUUAUAAAGACAGAGUUUGUUUUCUCAGAAAUGGCUGGAAACAAACUGUCAACGUGCAUUUGUUGACUUUGGUUAAUAUAAAAACACUCAAAAAAGCUUUAAAACAAAAUAUAAUACAGUAUGGUGUCACUGUUCUUUGUGCUUCGUACUGCACGGUUGCAGUUUUGUGCCAAAUGCAGUAAGAGAGUAGAGCAGUAGCUGGCAGAUGGCACCCACGUUUCUCUGAGAGUGUCACACAAACCCAAAUACUGAGGCCUUGUUCUGUGUCUUUUAUCAGAGAGAGGGAGAAAGAGAGAGAGGGUUUGUGUGCAGCAUGAAUCAACCCCCCACCUCGCCUGAGGCACUUUUUCUAGGCUAUCCAAAUUGAGGGCUCCAGGUGGGGUCCCAUAUGGCACGAUUACAGACCAGCGAGUCACCUCGACAAGCGACUGAUUGAGAAGCACAAUGUUUCAACAAGAGGUCAGAGGAUCAGGGGGUCACGGCAGCGAGUGACCGGACGACCACCAGACACAGCGAGCAUUUUUAAAACUGCACUCAUGAAAUAUGCAAAUAACUUUUCAUUAUUGUAGAUGAGAUAAACGGCACACAGCCUUCACAGCAGGGAUGGGAGAUAAAUUAUUGUUCACAGAAAAAUCCUCCAUGAUAAAUAUUUGCCAUCUCGUGAUAAACGCGAUAAAUGCAAGUUGGAGACAUGAACAAACAUGGCCGAAGGUAAUGAAGGAGAUGUUUCUGAGCAGCUUGUUACUGAACGAGGAUCCACAUGAGGGAUUUCCUUUGUGACUUGUUUGAUGGCAUUAGUUUUCUCCAUAACCUAACACUCAGACUUGUGGUUAAAGAUCUUAUUUGACUUUUCCAACUGGUGUUUUCAAGACAAAAUAAGUCAAAAAUAUAGAUUGGAAUUAGAAUAUUUUUAAUCGGGACUUUUAUCGUUAUCGCCAGAAUGGCAAAACUGAUCGUGAAAGUCUUUUAGCCCAUAUCGCCCAUCCCUACUUGGCUGUGAAUCCUGCAAAGCCUGACAAACCAACAGCCCCAGUGUCUUAUUACACAAAGCCAAUGAAAGAUGUAGAAAAAGUUUCGAGUCACUCAGUUUUGACUCUGUUGGCAUUAUCGAAAGUAGAAGACGCUGAUGUUUUGAGUCACAGAUUUUAUUUUAGGUCAGGGUUUUACAAACAUUUGCAGAUACAAAACGCUGUAACUCAUGAUCGGGCGCUUUGACAGUCAUGAAAAGUAAUAUCUGGUGUCUGCUGUCAUGUUUGUGCGGUGAGAUAUUGUUCUCAAGUUUAUCGAACUGCAGUACUUGGCCACAUGUAGUUGGAUCUUUUAGUCACAGAGCUUGUAAAGGAGCUCCCUCUUCCCAUGACAGUUGCUAAAAAUCCAGAGUGUUCAGAGGUCAGCUGGCUCAAAACAAAGCGCUUGUAAAUUUUUCUGAAACAGGGCCUGCACUCCUUUUCUUAACUCCGUUUUUAAUGCUAAAAGAAAUAUUUUGACAAGGUUAGCAGAAACCAAAACUGGAGCAGAAUUAGUCUGCAGUACUUUGAUUAAUGAUUGUGUUAAACUUCACAGUUGUUGCUUCUUCUCCCCUGAAGACAGCUGGAUUUUUAACCUUUUUAGGUUUUCGUUCUUGUAAAAUCUGUAGAAACUUUUACCUCAGGUGUGAACGGAUUAAGAAAGCUUGUUUUGGGUACGACGCCUUCCUCUUAAAUGCAGCUAGUUGUCACAUCUGGAUCCUGUUUGAGCCUGUCAUGUUUUCCUCACUCAACACUUGAGUGUAACAACAGGUAAAUCUGCAUUAACUGUGUGUGUAUUCUUUUAACUGUAUCAGAUAACAGGUCAGCUUAAAGCACAGCACACCAUCCUGUGAUGUAAUUCAUCAGCACAAAGGCUAGAACUUGAUAUCCGUGAAAGAAGCAGUGGUCUAGCAGAACCCUGAGACCCAGGUGAAGCUGGUGGGACUGGCCUUGUGGCCCCGCAGCCCCCUGUGGCCCUGCUGGGUUUGUUUUAGCUUUAGUUUCAGCUCUCGGCUCUCCACAUCUCUGCUGAGCUCCGCUCAUCUUCCCUCCGGUGUCCUGCAGUUCCCAUGGCCUUGUGCGCCCUCCUCCCAGGCCUCACCCUGAACCAGGAAGUGCCUUUGCCAUCACACACACUUCACGGGUCUGUGUGUACGUGCGUUUGCGUGCGUGCACACAGGACUGUUGCAGGGAUGCAGCUGAAGUCGAGAGGCGUUGCUCUCGGUUUUGUUCCCCUGUUGUACAAAGAACAACACGACUUUCCUUAUUUUUCUCUGAGCUGAGAGAUCAGUGUCGCUCUCUGGAGCUUCACAGUCUGCCUGCGAUAAGGGUCAGAUCGGGGACUCUGAUGGCUACCAGGGCCACAUCUAACAUGGAACAAAAACACAGAAAAAAACAAAGACUUUCAUGAGCACCCCUUGAGAUAAAACUGCAGACUUCAUAUUUAGUUUAUAAGAAAAAAAGAAAUCUUACUACAAUUUUUUAGGGAUUUGAUUUUGAUUUAAAAAACAUUUUGUUUCUAAAAAAUCCAGUUAGAAAAACCUCCAAAUGUGUUUUUCCUGCUUUUUUAAUAGACCUUAACACUAUAACCCCCCUCCUGUUUUUGAUUUUAAAUGCUUAAAAAAACAACAUAAAAUAGCUUUUUGGCAUCAAGACUUUUUGACUUUGUCAGGAACCUCUAUUUCAACAAAAUAAAAAAAUUUAAUUAACUAAAUUAUGAAAUGCUCUUAUUAAUAUUAUGGCACUUGUCCUGUUAGUGUCGCUGUUGACCUGGUUAGAUCAAUAUCUAAUAAUUAAAGCAAAAACUGAAAUGAUAAGUGCACUGUCAGGAAACACACUGACAGUCAGAUCCUCUUCUAAUCAUGUGAGAUUUAAGAAAUUCUCAUUUUGCCUGUUUUUCCCUACAUAAAAAAAACAACUUUGGACUUUGUCCAGACAUGUGAGAUCAAUUCAGUAUGGAUGUCUGUGUGAGGACCACAACAAAAACUAUGAAUCCUAACAAGGUAACUUAGAGAUGAGAACAAAAUUGGAUGAUAGAGAAAUGUUUUUACUGUAAUUUACAGCUGAUUUAAGACACUGACCCUUAACAUGGUGGGUGCGUAGUAAAAGCUAACACAGGAGGAAGGUUAAGAUCGAUAAUAAACUGUAAAUCACAUCCUGAAAUGUGAACUUAAUCGUCUGUUUUAUUCAAGUUUAUUUUAUGGUCAGUAACUCAGGUGGAUGUUUGACUGAAUAACAUUCAUUUUCUCAAAAAAAACCCAGUGUGAUCUGUCCUGGGUGUUUUUAAAGCCAGGGGUUCAGCUCCAUCAGCUGGAUCUGACACAGCGUGAGAUCUGUUUUCUGCUCCGAAUGACAUGAGAGCAACAUAAAGACACUCUGAGGUUUGGUGAAGCUCCUGUUGAUCAGCAGUCUGUCACAGCUCCUGUCACUUUGCUCUCUUUUUCUCAGACAGCUUUUACUUUUCUUCUUUUUCUUCCUCCUCUUUCACCUUCAUCUCUUUGGCUGCUGUAAAACCUCGCUGCCCCUAUAACUCAUGACUGUCAUCUGUCUCUGUCGGCGUGUUGUCAGCGAGGUCAGGGGUCGGGCAGUUAGCUGCAGCUUUGCCAGAUUGGAAUGGCCCAGAGGCAAAGAGAGAGAGAGAGAGACAGGAACAAAAUGAGCAAUAAGAACAAAGACAGAGAGACAGAGAAAAAGAGAAAGAGAUCAGGCUGUUGUGCAUCAUCAUGCAGCACAAACACGACACUGAACCAAAAGCAUGUUAUUCUUUUAUUGUUGUAUGAUUUAUUUCUGUUCGAAUGACAACUGACCAUGUGUUGACAGUCGAUCAUUUAACUUCUGAUUUUAAAAUCGUGGAUAUUUAUCUUGUUAUUCCUGACUUCACUCCACUGCGGAGCUUUCCAAGUGAUUUUUGGAGCUUGGCUGAGGGAAUUUUCUCCAGAUCAGCCGUCAGAGUCCCAGCGAUGUGAUGCAGUAAAGCCUGGCGUACAAUCAGAAAUAUAUCUCACAGGUGUUGGAUGGCGUUCAGGUUAUUUAUCCUUACUUGGACUGUGUAGUUUUUUUAAAUUCAGAAACUAUUGGUUGACUUUAGUCUACGGAGGAUUGUGAAAAAUAAAAAAAAUAUACAAGAGAACCCCCAAGACUGUUGCAUGCUGGUUCAUCAAUAACUGCGUUUAUAUGAAAACAGAGAGCGAAGCACGAACCGUGUAACAAGGGUCCAAAAAUAAACAGAAGUUUGGAGAGUAUCUUUGUACGUCUGUCCAAGCGUGAAAUAAAAGUUUUGCAGGGACUUCUACUUUUCUGAGUUUGCUUUAUGAGCCGCUGUCAGACAGACUGACCUCCUUCAGCUUCCUGCUCAGACUAAUUCAAGUGGCAUUGACCUUUGACCCCAGGCUUACUGAGCCGAGACCUCCCAUCCCCUCCUGUCUUUUAAACCCCUUUGCUCCCCCCACCCUUUAAUCCUUCUAUCAUUUUUCUAAAUGACAAAAAAAUGAAGCUACAAUCUGUGAUCAAAGCCUGAAUUUUAAAUAAAUAAUAAUACUCGUUUAUAAUAAUGGAUACAGAUUAGGGCUGCACGAUUAAUCAAUUUUAAAUCAUAAUUGGGUUAUUUGAUCAUGACGAUGUUAAAAAAUUUCCUCUCUAUCAUGUCUUGCGGCUCCCCAGUUCCCACACACCAGGGUAAACAAACAUGGCGUUUGCAAAAGAAGGUGUUAAUUUCGUGGCCAAAUAGGACAAGAGCAAGUCAGUCGUGAUGAAUUGGUUCAACUUCACAGUUUCGAAGGCGGGAUCAACUCGUCCACACGGAAACAAAUUGAGGAGGAAACGCUAAAGUUUUUUAUCGUAAUGGCGUUUCAGGUGACUGUAAACGGUACUUUUUGAAAACAGGUCAGAGAGUUCAUAGAUCUGUAAAUGACAACCAGGAUUUUAUUUUUGACCAACAUCGUUCAGCCCUACAUAAGCCUAACCAGAUUUCAGCAAAAUAUUAGAAAUACAAUAUUGCCUCAAAGUAGCUCUGCACAUUUAUCCACACCCAUCAUCCUCUGCCCUUAUCAAAGCUCGAUUGUCUCGUCUUAUCACUCAGCAUACGCCAGAAUUUCUGCUGAACUGCGAAACCAAAACCUCCACAUACUUAUUUUGAAUUUGGGCUCACAGCCAGGCUUGUUCUUGUUUUUUUUACGUGUUUAUUUCCUCUACAUAGCCAAACAAAGUACAUACAGCGCUGGUGCCAAAUAACAGAGUGACUCAGCAUUUUCUUUAAAAACAAGCUGCCCAACAAAAACUUCCAAGAGACCCUGAUGAUGAAACUGUGUGAGUUAAAACCACAUUUAUCGAGUUCUUAUCUUCUUUGUAUUGAUAAGCUUUUUCCAACUCUUGAGCCGUGUUCAUGAGAAAAAUCUCCUCCUCCUCCUCUUCAUCCUGCUGCAACACGACCCUGAGGCGCGUCUCCAUGUGUCAGUCACCUGCAUACCUGUGUCCUGAUGGUGUGUGUUUGCUAUUGUUUCCACAGGAGAGUUGACAGCCGGAGAGGAACCUGACUAACAGCAGUGUGACGGGAUAAAGAGGAUAAAGCUCUCUCCAAAGAGGCAGGUGAGAAAGCAAAAAUACAAAGAAAAGGGUAAAAAAAAAUGGUUGAAGUGAAAAGCGACUCAUCAGGUUUAACUUUGAAGUUAGAAAAAAAAAACACGCACUUUUAUUGUCAAUUUUCCGAUGUUUGUAUGAUAUUGAGUGUGUCCUCUUAUGUCUUACAAAAUUCUUUUGGAGUUACACAAAGAUUAUUUGGGAAAAAUGUCAUUUGAUAACCGUAACAUGUUAGAAAUGUUUGUUUGAUUAUAGUUCAACUAAACGAGAUCGCGAUUUUAUGUUAUUUAGACCUAAUUCUGCACAUUCUCACAUAUUUUAUCAAAUGUUGUCUCGCUUACAGAACCUGUUCUCCUUUCAUUCGCAGAGCUUUUUACUGUCUAGUUAAACUCUCAUUACUCCUGCAGGUGAGUCUAAUAGUUUUAUUAUUUAUUUUUUAUCAUACUUUCAUUCAGCUUUUGAGUUGUUUAUUUUUUCUUUUCCUAUAAAUUUAAAGUUUCUCCUGUCAGUGCAGACUUUAAAGUUACAGAAAACCAAACCGUCUCUUUCUACAGUCAUGUUCUUUGUUCCUUCAGUAGAUUUAAUUAAAACCCUCUUGGUUUGACGUAUUUGCAUGUCUCUAACAGUCGUGUAUUUUCUUCCUCAUGCUCUUCCUGAAAAAAAUAAAUGGACAAAACACCUGUUAUGUUGUCCUGUAUUAAGAGAAGCAGAACUUGCCCUCCAAGUUUCCUCAUUAUUUCUUCCUUCUUGAAGAUCAGCUGACAGAGGAGAGGUGUCAUGGCUGCGUAUGGACAGACUCAGUACAGCCCCACCUUGCAGCCAGCAGGGCCAUACGCACCGUAUACUCACCACACGCAAGGCUACAGCAUGCCGUCCUACAGUAAGUCGACGCAAACAUCAAAUUAUAUGGAUUUGUGUGAAUGUGUGAGUUAAAUAAAAUCACAGUCAGCAACGUCACCGAUGUAUGUGAGCGAACAGAUAAGCACAAACGUUGCACUUUGUAUUACUUUAUCUGGUUAACGUGUGGAUGAAGAUAUAAGACACUCUUUCAGGAUCCCAAAUACAACAGAAGCUGUGUAUGGCGUUGCUCUGUUGUCAUGGCAAUAUCAAACCCUGAUCUUAAUCCUCUUUAUCUGUACUAGAGGACAGGGAUGGGAGUUGUUAAGAAUUGAGCAAAUUAAUUGCAUGCUGGGUGGACAAAUGUUUCCGCAUAUUUGAAGUAUUUCCCCCUCUUUGACAAAAUUAAAGGUUUGCAAGUGUUGCAAGUCGCCCCGGUAUCAUCUUUUCGUUUGAGAUACAGCCAAACUCUGGAGUGCUUUUGUCACCUUAAAGAACACAAUUCUCGUGUACUACGUCAUCACACAUAGAGACGUAAGAGGAACCGAUAAGCAGAAUCGUCAAGGAGGCAGACGAUUCCAAUUCUUAGGAAUCGAAUCACUGGGAACUGGUUCUAAAAAAAGAAUCGGUUAUCGAUUCUCAUCCUGACUAGAGGCAGGAUGAAUUUUGUCCUUAGAGGCAGGAUCAUUAUCAUAUUGAUGGCGCAAAAUACCAUCUUGUUAAUUAAAAAAAAUACGCAGCGCUAUUAACAGACUUCCCUUCCAUUUGGACUCACGGUUCCCCCCUUAUGACUCCCUACGGUGGCAGAAAAACCAUUUAUCCAGCACUUUAACCUGUUAGACACAUUUUGUAUUGUUCAGCUGGUUAGAUAUCAUCAUCUGUCAUUAUAGGACUGUCUUGAAAUUUGUUCAUUUAGAAUAUUUAUUGCACUUGUAAGAAAUUUGCCUCUAGCAGUCGUGUAAUGGUGAUUAUGGGUUUGUGCGACAGGUAUAAGAAACCCAGUAAAACAGUAUAAAAGAUUUAAAGCAUAGAAAGGCUGAAAGGAUUUUAACAAAGCAAAAAAAAUCUGCAUUAUGGCCAUGCUGCCUCCAAUGCUUUUAUAUUUAUUCUCUUACAUAUAUGUAGUAAUAAAUCAGCAUGUGUGUUUUUCUUUGUAAUUCUGUGUAAAUUUACUGAUUUGUUUUUAGCUGCACAGAUGUGUGUUUUUGUGUCUCUGAAAAGCCAAGCUCAAGUUCUUUGACUGUGUUCACGAAAAAACCAACAACCUGACUCUGAUUUUAACACAGAAAACUAAAGUAGUUAUUUAUAAAUACGUCCUCUUUGUAUGAAACGUUCAUGAUGCUUUGUGGUCACCUGAGACCAAACAGUUUUCCACCGAUCUAUCGUUUAGACAUUAAAACAGAAGACGGCCUGAGUCACUCUCCAGGACAGACGGGACUACUGGGAUACUCCAACUUCAGCAGCACCCCUCCGAGUCAGAGUCUCUACAGCUACUCGCACACACACGGUCAGUCUCUACACACACUUACACACACAUACAGGGAGGAGCAUCCAUCCUUCCUCUCCUCUCCUCUUUCCUCAUCUUUCUCUCUUUUCCUCUCCUCCUCUCGGGCCACACCUGUUCUCCAUUAGCUGCGGUCUGGACUCCUGGCGUCAAAAGUCUCCUCACCCCUCCUUUUUUCUCGGGGUCAGGCCCCCUUUCUCCACUCAGACCAACAACACAACAUGCGAGCGCUUGUGACUGACACAAAAAAAACACGAGUGAGAAAACGUGGACAAAGAAUGAGAGAGAGAUUCUUAAAAAAAAGGAGUAAAACGUGAGAUGGGCACAGGGUCUGGACUGAAAAACAAAAGCUGAAGAGGAGGUUUGUCUGGGAGUGUGUGUAGCUCUCUGCCCACGCAUGGCUGUGAGUGUGUGUGAGUGUGUGUGUGUGUCUAUCAGAGCUGUACACAUUCCUCAGUCAUCCGGCGCCCAAAGCAUGACUCGCUCAGUGCGACUUUAUGGCUUUGAAAGCAGCGUGAAAUUGACCCUGUGUGUGCGAGGGGAGAGGUUAAGGUGCGUUAUACGGAGGGGUGAACAGGUUUAAAGUUGCAGAAAGGGAUGAUAUUGUUUCCACUGGAUGGAUGAGACGAAAGACAGACAAAACAGAGACUCAACAACCAACAGAUGAGCUGGAGACGAGACCUUUGCUGAGCUGCGUCAAACAGUAUCCAGUUGUUUUUCAAAUACCGGCCUAAUUCUUUAGAAAAUCGGUAUCACGACGUGCAGGGUUAAACAAAGAAAUUCCAAAAGGCAAAAUCCACAAAAAUCACAGGGAGCAACAGGGGACACAAGCAUACACAUCUUCAUACACACAAUGAACCAACAAGGAUAGAGGGGAAGACAGAGACUAUAUAUACACACAGGGAAACGAGCAACGAGAGGCAGGUGAGACACUGAGACACAGGUGAGGACAACUACAGAGGAGGGAAAACUGAGGAAGGAAAACAAGACUAAAAAAAGGGAAUAAACUACUACAAAAUAAAACAGGAAACCCGAACAUGAUAUAAAGAAUAAAACACAGAGAACAAGAGGGAAACAGGGUCAGACACAAACUGAAAACUAACAAGACAGGACUACAGGGGAACAGGAACACUCAAGAAAAUACACAGAAAGCACUUAAAUAAACAACACCAGGAAAAAACUUAAUUAACAAAAUGCAACAUGACAAGGGGACAAUAUUUAGUCAUAGCAUCUAUUUACUAUAUCAACAAAUAAGACUUCCUCUCUAGUUGACAUGUUUUGAGGUACUAACUUUACGCCAAGAUAAUUCUGAUCUAAAGACGUUUUCUUCUGAGGUUUUUAUCUUGAGAAACGUUGUCCGUGUAAGCACUGACGAUGUUACAGGAGACAUCAGGUUUUCAGUUUUUUAAUCUUGUAUCUGUUUUUGAUUGGAUCAGUGCGAGCGCAGCAUGAAAGCGUCAAUAAAGCCAAUCAGUCAAGCUCAGGUGACAGAUGGUAUCAUGCAGUAUGGAGUGGUUUGGGACUGUUGUGAUUUUAAAGAAUGGAGAUAAAGUUGUGUAUGUCCACUUAAACAAAGCCAAGCUCUAACCUGUGAGGAUGACCCACAGCUUGUGGUGCCAGCGCCACUAACAUUAACCACACUCAGAAACCUGAUUUGACAUCAUUUACCUGCCGGCUGGCUCUGUGAUUCUGUGUUAGAAUAACUCUGCUGAGUUUUGACUGUUUUUCUGAGUGGUUUUGUGCCUUUUUGACUCGUCAGAGAGCUGGAAUUCAAAUGUCCCACAAACAACAAGGAAAUGAGUUGUUUUGGAACAAUCCUGGUUUGUACCUUUCUUAGAGCUCCUUGUUCUUCUGUUUUUUCCUGUGUGGAGAUUUCACAGAUCUUUCCGGUUACUUUUUCUCACGGCUGAUUGAAAUUGGGGUUAACUGGUUCGAACCCAGGGUUUAGUACGUCUGAUUCAACUGUUUCAUGGAGACACCUCUGGAGUUUGCACUUAUAGUCAGACAAACAUCAGCUCAACAUCCUUUUACAUGGCAGAGCGAUAAAAAAAAAAUCACCUCAUGACCUUCGCUCCUUACCUCCGUCACUAAUAGUCGUAAGAUACAGCAGGAUAGUCCUCCUGCUUCUGCGCUAGUUUUUCUAUCACUUCCUCUUUAAAGAAAAUAUUCAGAUGUCAGACAUUAUACAGGAAUGUAAAUAUUCAUGUGGACUCAAACCUCGUACAAAACGCAGAGCCUUCGAUGACUGCUCUGUCAAAGCCCGCCUGUUGGACCAACAAACAUUUUUGAACAAACUGCCGUUUGAGUUUGAAAGACACUGUUCCUAAACAAAAUAAAUUUGUUUGAAUGUUUUUAUGCAUAAAUCAUUAACUGCAAACUUCAAACGGUAAUAAACUGCCACAACAACCAAAUGUUUGUUGGACUUCAGAAUGUUUCCAUGUCAUCCAUUAUACUGUACACAAUACACAAGCACGCACACACAGGCGCACACACACACCGCAGAGAAACCUCCAAACACUCGUACUGUACAGUAUACUGUGUGUACAACUCAAACCAAAUGGGGACUAUGGGAGAUUUUUGAUGUUUACUCCAGAGAGAGACCUCCUGUAUUUUUCCUUUAGCUGCUUUGAAGAUUGUUGUGUUGUCCAGGGAGGGGUUUUUUUUGUGUGUGUGGUUCCUCUGUUGAGUCAUGACUCUCCUGUUUGUCAUGCACUGUAGAGAGGAGAAGAAAUAACAAGGAGCAAAAAGGAGCAGUAGCAGACUGAUGAAGGGAGUAAAGGUGUAUUUCAGGAAGGGCUCAGGCCGUGUCAGAGGCGAGGGCGAAACUAGCAGACAAAACAAACAGGUUAGCUUCUUAUCAGAUGAAAAAGUAGGGCUGUAAUCAACCAACCAACCAACUAAUGCCGCGUUUGAGUUACCUCGGAAGUCAGAUGUCAGAGCUGAAAAUGACGUCACACCUGAGUUUUCGACCAAAAAUCAACUACUGUGGGGGAUUUUCUGACUCUGACGGCAUACCCUUUUGCGGCGGGGGACAACGCGGCACAGUGGGGCGCGGCUUGGCACGGUAAAAAUAUACCAAUAUCAGCCCAAGAAGGUAAUUAAAAACGAUGAAUCUUGAAACGUUCAAAAUAAAAAUAAAUAUUCAGCAAACCACCAGACGUUGAUUAACGUGGACGCUCGUUAAAAAAUCGAAAAAAAUCGAGUCGACCAAUCAGAAUUUUGGUCAACUCAGCAACUAUCGACCAAUAAGUCGACCAGUUGACUAGCAAAUUCAAGUACAGAUGUAAAUAUGACGCAUGCACAUAUCCUGUUUAACUUAGUUUCUUUAUCUUCUAAUUUUUGUCUUUUUGUAUCUAUUCUAUGCUGCUGUAAUUUUGGAAUUUCCCUCUAUGGGACUAAUAAAGGAACAUCUUAUUUUAGGACUUUACAGCCCUAAAAUUACCCCUAAACUAUCACUUUUAAUUAUCAUUGUGACUGUAUGUAUUUAUAUACUUUAAGUAAAUAGUCUGAUUUUGUCUGAAUGAUCCACAAUGAUGGUCAGCAACAUCUAUUUUAUGGUCUAACUCAAAGUUGGUCCCCGAACCUUCACUUUUCACAUUUACCCUCUGCACUUCUGUUACCAAUAAUACGAAUCUUCUGAGAAAGGCCAAGCGUGCUUAACUUUAUGGAUAUUGUGAGUAGAAAUUACUCAGUAGGAGGUUCAUAUUUGUGUUUUUGGGUUGAAUUUAUCAACACGUGUUGACUGAGCGAUCUGCAUUUUCUGCUGUACCUUUGGUUUAUAUCAUCAAGGCCUCCGUUGCUCAUUUUUCCUCUUUGAGCUGGUAAAACUUGAGACGUUUUUCAAUUUCCCCUUUUUUUAAUUCUCAUAAAUAACCUUUUAUACAUCAAGCUAUCUGAAAAACUAGAGCCUGAAUAAAAGAUACUACCCCGUGGUGGUUACAGUAAAUGAACUGCAGUUAAGUACAUGAUAUAUUGCAUUCCAUGUAAUUAAUAAGGCUUGCAAAUAUUAGAUAAAGCUCAGCAUCAAUCUCAGGAUAAUGUUGCUCAGAGAAAGGCAUUCCUAACUUGUGUUGAGUAGACUGAGCAGAUUCCCAGAGCCGCAGACUUUCCCACCUGUAUUGUUAUGUCAAACAUAAAUUUCUCUCUCAGCCCCCGCAGCACCGAGCUGUCAUCGAGAUAUAGGAGUUAAAGUUUACUGCUCAUUUCUUCCGCUGCACACCAGUUUCACAGCUGAGAUUGGAUUCUGUGAAAUGAAUAUGGUUUACACUUGUUAAUUGUUCUCUAUCCUGUGUGAUCCGUCAUUACCUGGAAGUCUGAUCACUGUCUUUACCGUCUUUUUUUCUCAGGUGGUGGAAUUUCAUCUGGAAUUUUUCAGGGAACACAUGCAAUUUCAAGUUCAACCCCAUUCAACCCUACCCAACAAGUGAGUAAAGAGGGGAUCUCAACUGCAAAUCUCAGCUGUUUACUCGAUGAAAAACAGCUGUUUAUGGGCAGCAAGAAUGUUUACAUAUUACACUAUAGCAAUCAAGCGAGUGACGUUUCUAUUAAAGCUGUUUGAAAUGACUCAGUCUGGCCUUGUUGUACGUUAGUCACCAUAGUUUUGGAUGGAAAUGUUCAUAUUUUGAUGACACUGACUAAUUAGAGUCCUCAUUUGAAUCGCUCUAGGACUUUCCAGCGUACACAAGCUACAGUCAGAGUCAGUACUCCCCGUAUUAUAACACACAUCACUACAACAGCCCCUACCUUACUGGAAGCAACAUCAGCCCUGCUGCCAUCACAGCUCCGUUAACCUACCCGCAUGCAGAACACCCUGUCAUGCUGCCCAAUCACAGCCCAGAGUCACACACAGGUAAGGAACAACAAAAACCUGGACUUUUAUUCAAGCUAAAUCAUCAUGUUUUUCUUGUUGUCUACAUGUUCAUAUGGCAUUUUUCUGAUGCUACAGAACAUAUCAUGAGAAAAAUAAGUGCGAAAUUGCAUUUCUGAGUAUUUCUGCAUUUAAAUCACAGUGAGAUUUCCUAUGUCACAAAUCCAAGCUCCGCCCCCUGAGCCCAGCUAUGCAGGCCAGACUCUAAGAAACAGAGAGGACAAUCGCAGAACAAGUGUCAGUGUUAGCAGAUUGCAAUUCUUGUAAGGAAGUUAAUCAUGAUAUUAACUAAGCUGAAUAGCUCUUGCAGUGCCUUGAAAAAGUCUUCAUACCCCUUGAACUUUUUCACAUUUUGUUACUCUACAACCACAAACUUUUAACAUUUAUAUUCAGCCCCCCUGUGUCAAUACUUUGUAGAGCCACCUUUCACCGCAAUUACAGCUGCAAGUCUUUUGGGGUAUGUCUCUACAAGCUUUGCACAUCUAGAGACUAAAAUUUUCCCCCAUUCCUCUUUGUAAAAUAGCUCAAGCUUAGCCAGACUGGAUGGAGAGCGUCUGAACAGCAAUUUUCAAGUCUUGCCACAGAUGCUUAAAGGGAUGUACAUCUGGAUUUGACUUGGCCAUUCUAAUACAUAAAUAUUCUUUCAUCUGAACCAUAUUGACACAAGGGAGGCUGAAUACAAAUGCACGCCACACUCUUUACAUUUUUAUAUUUUUAAAUUUUUGAAAAUUAUGUGCCAUUUUCGUUCCACUUCACAAUUUUGUGCUACUUUGGUCUAUGACAAAAAAUCUCAAUAAAAUACUUUUAAGUUUGUGGUUGUAGAGUGACAAAAUGUGAAAAAGUUAAAGGGGUAUGAAUACUUUUUCAAGGCACUUCAUAGUCACAAUUUAUAGACCACUGAUAACACUUCAAGUAGUAAAAAAAAAAACAAUUGGAGUGGGACUUUAUUUACUUAUUAAAUUUACUUAUUAAUACUGACUGUACUGUACUGCACUGGAUCUCAUGAAAAAAGCCGCACUAAGCAUGGGCAACUGCAAAAAUAGCAGAAAACAAAAGUGGGCUGAGAACGGACCCUUGAGGAACGCCAUGGGAAAACCAGUAUUUAUCCCACUUAUCUUAAUCAGGAUCGUGAGUGGGCUGGAGUCUGUACAGGUCACCAGUCUGUCACAGGGCCAACAUAUGGAUAGACAACCAGACGGUUCAGAGUGAGCAAUCAACCUGACAAGCAUGUUUGAGGACUGUGGGUGGAAGUCUGAGAAACCGUUAAGAGCCCACGCGUCCACAGGAAGGACAUAAAACUCCGUACAGGAAGGAUCCAGCUGGGAUUCGAAGCAGGAAUCUUACAGUUCACCGCCGUGUGAUCCCCAGAAAUAUGAAUGAUUAUUAUAAUGGUCUCGGUCUGAAUCUGCCGAAACAAGAUGAUUUUUUUUAAAGCUUUCUUCUUGAGCUUUAACCUGCUGAUUUUCUCUUUAUUCAGAAAAUCAAAGUCUGAUCUCUGCGGUAUCAACGUGUGUGUUUUAGGAGAGUACCACCCGCCACCCAGUCCCCCUACCCCAGGUAAAGAGGAGGGGGUCCCGACACGGAGGGGGUCAGAUGGAAAGCUAAGGGGAAGAAAACGAGUGAAUGACCCCGCACCACCUCUGGACUCUGAUAUCGAGGUAAACACACACUCACACUGUCUUUCUGUAAAAUAUUUGUCUUUCCCUCUCUCUCUCUCUCUCUCUCUCUCACUUACACACUUACACACACACAUAAACUUCCAUGAGGUUAACAUUACAUUUCUGUUAUUUCACUGCAGCGUGUGUUUAUCUGGGACCUGGAUGAAACCAUCAUCAUUUUCCACUCGCUCCUCACGGGAACUUUCUCCUCACGCUUUGGCAAGGUACGCUGAUACGACCCCUCCCUUUGUCAUUUACUGUAAGAGGGAGAACGUGCUGUUGGUCAUCACGCUGUAACAACAGUUUGUUUUUGCACCGUACGCAGGCAAAGCUGGAACAAAAAACAAACCGGUGUGAUGCUGCUUCGGCCAGAUCGCCCUUUGUCUCGGUGCUUAUUUUAAUAACAGGCAAAGGUUCUCGAGUCCACCACCUUUGGGUCUCAUCCCUGCGCAUUUUCACACGCUGACUGUUUUGCCUUCCUGCCCUCUUGUUUCUUUUCACUGUGCACCGGGGUUGUUUAGCUUCCCCGGCCUCCUGCGGCGUGAUUGACAGCCAGCGGGGACCUUUACAUAACAAGACAGGCAGCUGACGAGGGGCGGACAGCGGUGCGUUUCUUGGUUUUGGCCAGGGAUGUGUGUUUUGAAUUCUCACGGUCCCCCUGCGGGUUGACACAAGGCUGAUGGGAGUUUGAGAGCAGCGUUUCUGUUUGGUUCAGUUCCCCCUUCCCGGUGGUGUUUCUUUUUCUUUCUUUCCUGCCAUGGAGAGGGGGUCAAAAAGAGAAACAAGGGAGAAAGAAAGAAAGAGAGAGAGAGGGAGAGAGGGAGCGAAAGAGUGGAUGUGUUGAAAUGUGACUCAUGUGCCAAAAAUUCCUGAUUCCUCCCACCACCCCAACACCCCGCUGCUGGAUCCAGGGAAGCUCAGUUGGACAGACUCUGACAUCAAAACUCAGACAUGCAGCAGAGGAAUUACAUGAGUGACGGCAGAAAAACAGAUUAACAAUCCAAAACACCGAGACGACUUACAAGCUCCUAACACCCCUCCAUCCAAAAUCUGCAGCCAGCUUAUCUCACCUAGACCGCCGUCUUACAUCUUUUUUUCCUUUUAUGAAUCAUCUCCUCGUGUGUCUACUUUUACCAGCUCAGGAUCUUCCUGUCAGAGUCAGUCUAUUAACUCUUAUCAUAAACAAAUGUUUGGCCCCAUACAUAAAGACAAGUCCAGGCCCGGUCUGCAGGAAAGAGUAAUGGGUGUGUUGAAAGGCAGAGAUCCACAUGAAGAGUCGUUUCCCUCCCCUGAACCGCUCUCCCAUUGUCUCAUCUAUCAUACGGCAGCCCUCUCUGUCCUCCACAGUGUGAGAAUUUUCUUUCCUAAACCUCUGUCUUUCAUAUCAAACACCCUCCUGUAUAAGAGUACAGGUGGGAAUUCAAUUCUUUAUAGGCUUUUUUGUCUUUUUUUUGCCCCUUUUCUUUGGCGUUCCUCUUGAAUUCCUGUCUAGGAUUAUCGGGAGGAGGCUUUUAUUUUGAAGGGCGGUGAUUACAGAUAAUUAUUUCAAUUAUAAGGGAAGCAGAACAAUCCUUUCUUAAGCCUUUAAUGCCUCCUCCUUCACCCUUUCUAUUCAUAUCUUCCUCUUUUGGCCAGUUUCCUUCCACGUUGAACUCUUGCCGCCCUUCGUCCUUAAUUACCUUUUCUUCUUUUUUUUUGAGGGUGUUAUUUUGUAAAUGUCAUCAUUUACCCCACUUGUGUCAUCAAGCCCAUUCAGACCAGUUUUAAAGCCAGAAGACAGCUCAGGCUGUCAUUUCAGACACAUUCAUCUACCAUUCACCUUUGGCUGACUCCGCUCCUCUUCUGCUGUCUGGCUGCCAAAGACGAGCCAGCGCUGCCAUCAAAACUCACACACACACACUCACACACACAUAGAAGUAAACACACACCUGCCUUUGUAGUCUCAAACAACACACCCACGCUGUAAGACAGCCAGGCUACCCACAUCUCAUAAUUUAUGUGUUUUUUUGCAGGUGAUGAUUUAUAAUUUUCUUAUUAAAAACCAGAGUUGACAUCAGUGUUAGAGUAUUAUGUUAUUUUCCAUGAAGUAGAGGGAAAAACUGAAGCUGGAUGAGAUUAAUGAUCUAGAUUAAUCCUAGAUAAUAAUCAUAGAUUAAUGAAUAAAACAAGGUCAAAUUAGUUUAAAGUGUGAGGCUAGCAUUAGCAGAGCUAGCACCACCAGCUUUUGGUCCUCCUUUAUGGUUAUAUGACAGUUUAACCAGAGAAAGCCAACGUUAAACUUCAUCUCCAUGUCCUGAUUUAAAACACUGCCAAACCGCACCAUAAUACAUUUUUCCAUUUAUCAUCUGAGCCUGUUUACACCCCUGUUAUAGAGCAUCACAGCACUGUUAACCAGAUCUCUACAACUUUGACUGAACAUACGACAUUUCAAGUCUAUAAUAAUAAUAAUAAAGUUGUUCAUAAUUUCUCUGAGCCUCUCGUAAUUCUGGUGUUGAAUAGUGAGGGUUGCAAUAUUUGAUAACUGAGUCGACUAGAUGCACACUUUUGUCUUUAGAGUCAAACAAAGACUUCUUUGCUUAUAAACAGAAUAGGGCUGCACGAUUUUAGCCAAAAAUGAAAUCCCGAUUUUUUUUAUUUCUCUGAAAAGUGGAUUUUUGAUUUCAAUUUUUUAUUCAGUGACAACUUCACCAAACUUCACUUUAAAGAUGAAAAGUUUUUCUAUCAUCUCUCAAUACGAAACCAUUGAAAAUGAUGUAGGGUAGUCUCAAGAGAUGCAGAUAGACAUCCAUACGGAGAUGAAAUGGUCGUCGUUUACAGAUUUAUUCACUCUCUGACCUGUUUUCAAAAAGUACCGUUACAGUCACCUGAAACGCCAUUUUCGUGAGGAUGAAACACCGAUAAGACAAAAAAUAUUUGCGUUUACUCCUGAAUUCGUGCGAAUCUGUACCAAUUCCACAUGACUGACUCGCUCUUGUCCUAUUAAGCCACAAAAUUAUCACCUUCUUCUGCAGCCGCCAUGUUUGUUUACACCAGUGUGUGUGAGAACUGGGGAGCGCUCCCGCAGGAAGGGUCAGCCUACGGUGGCCUUGAGGCGUGAGACAUGAUAGAGAGGAAAAUCGAUUUGAUGAUUUUAAUUUUUUUUAACAUCAUCAUAAUCAAAUAAUCUGAUUCUGAUUAAAAAUCAAUUAAUCGUGCAGCCCUAGUUUGAACAGGAUGGACCCCUGCUGGCUCUGGUGAUCCCCUGACUUUGAGUAACGUCCUGAACUGUUUAACACCAAGAGAUUUAUUGGAUUAAAUGUUUAAAAUGUGCUGUGUCUGAGUAAAGGAGGUACAGACGAUAAGAAUCAGCCGAGACUUUGACUGACAGAUAAAUAUUCAGACUUGGCUCUCUCUAAAACCUGUUCAUGUCACUCCAGAUGAUGAGCUCGCAGAGGAAGUGAGCGAAGGAGAGACAAGAAGGCGGCAGCGCUGACAAGACCAGAAUAAUUGCAAGAGUUAUGAUCUUUAAUAAAUCGGAUUGAACUAAUUAUUUUCUAAAUACCGAACCUGUGAAACCAUCAGUCUGUGCCUGAGCUUCGGAUUUGAUUAUUUAUGAACUGAUAGCACUCGCCGUAAGGGUGCAACUCCUGAAGCGAUUAAGACUGUGAUCUGACAUCAUUCCUAUGAACUAGGUCAAAAAACAAGCUGAGGUUUCUGGUUCUGGUUGAUGGAGAGAUAGGAGUCUUUUCUGUGCCCGAGGAGAAACAUGUUACCACGGCGUAUAUCGACUACACAAGCCUGGAGACAGAAACACAUUAAGUGAACUGUACAUCCGCACCGGGACACACGUUUGAUUGAUGGGAGGUAGAAAAAAGUGUUGAGAGAUUGCAGAAGGAGGAAGAAAGAAACCUUAUUUGCUGUUAGAGUCAAAGUUAAGAUUUAUGAUGUGUGUAUUUGACUCUUUUUUUGGUCUUUUUUUUCUGUGUGUGUUCACAGGACUCCUCUAAAGCUGUGUCUCUUGGUUUGUGGAUGGAGGAGAUGAUCUUCAACCUUGCCGACUCCAGACUCUUUUUUAAUGACCUGGAGGUGAGUUUAGAAAACUGCACAAUAAAAACCUCUUUUUUUAUCUUUAUUCCCUCUUAAACUCUACUGUUUCUUUGCUUUGCAUCUACAUUUUCUUGCAAUUAAUGCUAAACUUAGAUUUUUUCCCACUGAGCUGUAAAAUAGCAGCAGCAGCAGAGGGAGCAUAUCUAAUGGCAUAAACUGGCAAAUUCAUUGGCAGAAAACCUUUGCAGCAGCAGCCAAGCAAGAAGUUUGACAUUUUAGACCUCUUUUUUGACUUGGCAUAAAGCACAGUGCUAGUCAUUGUAGAAAUCCGCUCACACACGUCUCUCCUGUUUAAUCAUUAGUCCUUACUACAGCAUUUUCCUAACAAUUUGCCCUCCUCAGAUGAGCAAUAAUAUUUAAAUAAGGGGUUCAACUACUGGCAUAAAUGUUGGACUUUUUUCCUGCUGCUCACAAAAACACAACAGCUAACAUGGACAUAUCGGUGCAAUCUCUGAGAAAAACUCCCUAAAAAACGGUUUUACUACCUGUUAGUGAGUGAAAAGUUUCUCGGCCUGCAUUCCUGAAGAAAAAAAAAAGAUUAGAGAGGGACGUUGAGGGAGAACAAGUACACAUUGUGCCCUAAUUAUAGGUGUGUGUCUGUGUAUCCGAGAGGAAAAUUAGUCAAAUGGGAGGAGGAACAAGCCGAGAGAAGGGAAAGGAGCCAACAAAGCCAUUUGCAAAGCCGCUUCUUAUCCUUUCUUUUGUUGUAGGGGCUCAGUAAAUCUCUGACGCAGUCGGCCACAGAGGGGCUGACAACCACUCUUAAAUCUCAGGGUACAAUUAUCUUGUCCUUCCCUUGUCAGCAGAUACUCCUACAUGAGUGGCUAUGAGUGUUGUUGCUGCUGUCGUAUCUGUGUUACCAUCAGGAGGCUGCAGAGUUUAAUUUGUAUGUCUAAGUUAAGUCAUACGGCUCCAUGCUACUAAUAUAGAUGUUCCAAACUCAAAUAGAUUCUGCUACGGGAGCCUGUGUGUCAGCUGAAUCCCAGUACAUACUAAAGAUAACUUAUACAUUCUAGGGCUGCACGAUUAACCGAUUUUAAAUUGUAAUUAGAUUGUUUGAUGUUAAAAAAAAUUAAAAUCCUCAAAUCAAUUUUCCUCUAUCAUGUCUCGCGCCUCCAGGCCUGUAGGGGAGCGCUCCCCAGUUCCCACACACACCAGUGUAAACAAACAUGGCGUUUGCAGUAGAAGGCGAUAGUUUCGUGGUUAAAUAGGACAAGAGCAAGUCAGUCGUGUUGAAUUGUUACGACUUCACAGUUUUAGAUGAAGAGUAAACCACUCCCCGCUGCAAAGUCCGUCACCACAGAAACGAAUUCAGGAGGAAACACAAAAGUUUUUGUCGUAUUGGCGUUUCAUCCACAUGGAAAUGGCGUUUCAGGUGACUGUAAACAGUGCUUUUUAAAAAACGGGUCAUAGAGUGUGUUAAUCUGUAAACAACGACCAUUUCAUCUCCAUGUGGAUGUCUAUCUGCAUCUCUGGAAACGAUCAUGUGACACACAGCGAACGUCAUCGUCUGUCAGGUUAGGGUUAGGAGAUCCAGAAGUGCAAUAAUGUUCUGUUAUGUUUUGUUUGAUGUACAGAACCGACAGCCCACGUUUGGCUUGAGCGUGUGAUGACGUUUCCAGCUUUUCUAGCCAGUCAGAGGCGAAGGAGGCGGGACUUUCCCCACCAUCCUACAAAAAAAAAAAAAUGUCACCGCCUGCACAUGUCCGGCCAAAACAACCUUUAUACUCAUGCUCUGUACUCUUCUUCUGUCUUUUGUACAUUUCCUCUGCAGCGUUACAGCACCACUUACUGGCUUGGCAUAUGCACUACAUCGUUUUCAGAAGUUUUGUUUUGAGAGAUGAUAGAAAAAAUUCACAAUCAAAAAUCGCACUUUCGUGCAGCCCUACUACAAGCAGAAUAUUAAUAUUUAUGCAGGACUCACUCUUAAGUCUUCACGUAAACAACCCUCAGACUAAAGCUUUGUAAACCAGGUGCAUUUCUGUUGAAGUUUCAGACUUACUCAGUGUAUAGUUUGACCAUAUUCCCUCAGCGGUCAUCUGAGGUCAUCACACUCAGAGCAGUAAUGUCCAGCUGCAGCCCUGGAGCGAGAAGCCCCUGGUGUAGCAAAGCAGCAGGUGGGCUGGACAUGACGUAUAUACUGAAGUUUUUUUUUUUUGCUCUUAAAACAACAAACAAUAUGCUGUUUAAAUGACUUUAUUAUGACGGAAGGAACAAUGUCUCUGUUACUUUUUGAUCACGGAAGUAAAGUAAAUUAAAAUUAAAGAGUAAAACUUCAUCUUAUGUUAACAUCAUCUCACAUUACUUCAUCAGAUACAUUCUCAGCAGCUUUAUUUUUCUUAAUUUUUCCUUCUACCUGCUGAAAGAUGCUGAAAACCUGUCCUUGCCUCUAUCUGGAGUAGAUGUUCCUGUUUUAUUUCUCUUUGCACUUCCAAAAACAAAUCAGCGACAAACUGAAUCAACCCCAAAAAAUGUGCUUCCAGGUUUUAACUAGAGCGAGAAGGACUCUGAUCUUAUCGGCCCAGAUUUGCCUCAUCUGAACCGUUUUUUCUUCGUCUCUUGGGAUGAAUUCAGAUUUUCACUGAAGUGCGAGUACUCAUGUGUUAGAGGACUUGUUUACAAAGAGUUUGGACUGGUUUGGAUCACUAACUCUUUUUGUUUCAUAACACUUUGUGGCAUCUGAGACUUUCCGCUGCUGGUUUAUUUUUAUUUUUCAGGUAAUAACAGAGAGAAAGACAGGAAACACGUCUGAAAUGAUGAAUAUUUUUUUGCAGUAACAGUUGAGCUGAAAGGAUCACACUGACUGGAUCGUCUGGUCGGUUGUAGCAGCUCUGUGUGGGUGGAUGGCACCUGAGUGGGAGUUGGGUUAAAGCCCCUGAGACUUGAGUUAUGUUGGAGAUGGAGGGGAAGAUGAGGUAGCGUCUCCAUCUGGUUCAAGACGACUGAAAGGUGAUAGGAGACCCUGACUGUCCCGGGUCAGCACGUGACAAACUGAACUUAUACUAGCUGUCUGGUUUCCUGCGAACGUGUGUGUUUGUGUAUUUAAAAGAGAGAAGAUUUUCUUUUUCACGAGACGGCCGUGUGCUUGUUUUUUUAUAAUUGGAAGGUGGAUUUAAGCUCCUCGUCUUUGUUUCUGUUCUUUAAAUCACGUCUUUGUUUUGAAGUUUCUGGUUUAGCUGCAUUUUGCUGAAGGUGUUUUGGUCUUGGCUGCGUACUCGAGCUUCAGAGAGGUUUUAAUCCCCGUGGCUCAGUCGGUUUGUUGCACUUAAGCCCAACAGACAGAAACAACAUGUACACAGUUGUGCUUGUCAUAAACAAUAGGCUUUUCUUCAAAGUUAUUCCUCAUAACCAAAAGAUCGGACCCAUGAUUUACUGGACUUGAAUUUACUGCGUGGUUAAACUUGAGUCUCAUGGCGAUGUUGACAGUCCUGUAUCUGCGGCGCCUCGCUGUCCCGUGUCCUGACACCUUAUUUCCUCCUUCCUCGUCUUUUAUUUGAGCCAUUUUUUAUUCCUGUAGGCUCCUCUAAAAGAGAAGAGACCUGCCUGUGCAGCGCUCCGCUCUGAAAUCCAUCCCUUCAUAUAUCCGCUCUUCUUUUUCUUUUCCCAGGAAUGUGACCAGGUUCAUAUUGAUGACGUGGCGUCCGACGACAACGGCCAGGACCUGAGGUAAAGCUCCUGUCUGUGUCACUGUACUCAGAGACAGUUUGUGCUGCAGAUUGUGAACCAGACUUGCCCUCUGGGUGUUUUAGAGAGAGAGACGAGGAGUGUGUGGGUUUCUCUGUGUCUGUGUGUGUUCAUGCAUGCAAGCAUGUGCAUGUCUUUUAUUUCCCCUGACUUCCACAGCGAUAUAAUAUGUCGCAGGAUUAUCCGACGCUUUCAUUUCUCAUCGAAACUUCUCUUUAUCACUCCCUCUGUCCAGACGUUUUAUGAUUGCACAGGCCGGUCGAAGCUCUUUAGGUUACUCUUAGUGAGAUUUGAGAAAGAGUUGGACUGUUUUGAAGUAUUUAUUUUAUUAAACUCGGCCCUUUUAUAUAUUUAUCCAUGCCUUUCUGAGUGUAUACACUGCCUGAUUUCUUACUGACAAAGCUUCAUUCACCACUCUCAGUCCAUGUCUGCGUUAUUCAAUUUUAAAACGUUUCAUGUCCAUGAAAUUUUUGUGGUACCCCUGGCGAAACUCCCUCGACUUGAUGAAUGGUUAAAGCGAAGCAGUCUUGUUCGCAACCCCAACAGUUUGAAUCACUUCCUAGAGCUACAGAACGGAUCCAUAAAUGUAGGGUUGGAUGUUCUUCGAGCGUCCUCUCUGAAACACAGACGAUACCAUGAGAUGCUCUGGAAAAACGCUGUUUUAUGUCUUCAUGAUGUACAUCCUGACCGUUUCCUGUAUUGUGAUCCUGCAGUACUUACAACUUCGGCUCAGACGGCUUCCAGAGCCCAGCGGGGGCCGGCUCGCUGUGCUUGGGGUCAGGGGUCCAUGGAGGGGUGGACUGGAUGAGGAAACUGGCUUUCAGAUACCGCCGAGUCAAGGAGAUCUACAACACGUACAAGAAUAAUGUCGGAGGUAACGUCGCAUGUUUCUCGUUUCUCAUUUGUACAGACAGCUGAAGUUUACAGCUUGUUAUCUGAGAUUUUUUUGUGUAUAAAAUCAGACAGUUUUUGUGAUUCAUCAUCACAGACAUUUAUUCUUAUAGUGAGUAAAUCAUUUCAGUCAUUUUGAAGCAAAAAUCUUUGCAGUUCCAGCUCCUUAAAUUGUGUUUUUUCUGCUUUUAUGGGUGAAAAUAAGAAAUCUUUGGAUUUUUGAUUGUUGGAUGCCAGAAAAGGAGCAAUUUAAAGACAUCAUAGGCAGGAUCCUAAAUUAACUUUUUUGAUCUGGUGACUCUAAAAUUACCAGCCAAUCAUCCUCAUCUAUCCUCAUCUCCUCCAUCCUUCCUCUUCUCGACGAACUUCGUCUGUCCCAAGUUCAACCACCGCCACAUUUAGUUUAGUUUGAGACUACGUUUACAUGUGUCCAGCUAGGGUUAGUGUUUCAUAAACAGACAUUUCACCCUCUCCGUUUACAAAAAAAACUUUGUGCACACCACUACAUUUUCAGGAAAGUUUUCGUUUACGCUAACCCGUGUAUAUAUGUCGUCAAGAGCAUGCCAAACCUGUAGGUGGCAGUGUAGCAAGAAGCUCAAGCCCACGUUAGCCAAUCAGAAUCUCGCAAAGCAGCAACAACAACAACGUCACUGCUUUUGUUUUGUAAAAUUAACUGGGUACGAUAUUUUUACGAAACUCUCUGUUCUCACUCUGUUUGUUUCUUGCGCUGGUUGCGCUGUAGACUUUAGCAGGAAAUACCGACAUUCACGCAGCCAAUGGGCAUACGAAACAUCAUUACGAAGCGUUACGGAACGGUUUUUAUGGGAAAUGUAGGAGUUACUGGCAGGGGGACAAAUGACCGAGAGCAGAAUCUAAGUAGAGCUGACUGACAUGAUUGCCUCAUGCACCACCGGCCAAACUGGCGUGUAAAUUUUUAUUAACACCCGCCAAAAUGAAUUUUUCGUUAGUUCGCGUCUGAAAAAAAAUGCCCAAAGUGAAAGCUGUAAAAACAAAAACGCGGCCAAUCAUGGAAAAUUUAUCAGAUUGAUUUGAGUAUAAAAGAUAUCUAUACUUAAUGCAAUACUAUAAAUAUUUAUUAUCCAGGGUUCGGAUCCUCAUUGGUUAUCAUUUUUGUGCCGAACACAAAACUCAAAUUUUUUAACUCAAAUUUGUCUAUCAGGUAGAAAAAGUCAUACACAUGCAUGUGAUGAUUUACUCCUGAUAUUUUCAAAAGAAUAUUUGAAAAGACAUUUGGUCAAAUCUGACAUACUGUAUAUUAAUUUAGUAACGAAGUGCUGAAAAGGCUCAAAAAUGGGAAACGUGUUUGUUUCUCUCCUCGGAUAUCGGGUCUAAAGUUGCGGUCGAUUCUGGACUCUUGUCCAGAUUACAGCUGCCUGUUUUCACUCAGCUGAGACUCUGUGUGUUUGAGGUUUUGGUUUGAAGAUGUUUGAACGUUUCCCAUCCAGGGACAGAAGACAGAGAAGACAGCCUUGCCUUGAAGAAUCCAGUCUGAAAAGAUUGGACCUGUAUGUUAGGACGAUCAGGGUUCAUGUUGGUUUAAAUCUGAUCCUGAAUCUUGGUUCUCUCUCUGAUGUGCAGGUUUGUUGGGCAGCCCGAAGAGAGAGGAGUGGUUACAGCUGAGGAGGGAGAUGGAGGUCCUGACCGACCUGUGGCUGACUCAGGCGCUCAAAGCUCUCGCUCUCAUCAACUCCAGGUACGUUUAGUUUACCCUCCACCACCUGAUGAUCGCUCCUGAUUUUCUUCAUCAUGUAAGGUGUAAGUUUAACUGUGUGUAACCUGCUCUGUAACAGGCCAAACUGUGUGAACGUGUUGGUAACCACCACUCAGCUCAUCCCGGCGCUCUCGAAGGUGUUACUGUACGGUCUGGGCUCUGCUUUCCCAAUCGAGAACAUUUACAGCGCCACCAAGACAGGUGAGGACAAACAGGAAAGGAGAGAUGUUCAGGAAGAAAAUGAUACCCACCUGCUUUUUUUAUUUUCUUUGCCAAAAAGUUAUCAACCUCCUUGUUUUUUGGGUACAUUUUAAACUCGAGAGUUUCUUCUUUCAGGAAAGGAGAGCUGCUUCGAGCGAGUGUCUCAGAGGUUUGGUCGGAGAGCGGUGUAUGUGGUGAUCGGAGAUGGAGCCGAGGAAGAAGCUGUGGCCAAAAAGGUAUAACUUAAUCUGGUAAUUUAUGACUGUGCACAAAAAAUGGGCCUUGACUAAUCAGUUAACCUUGAGACACACUCGAUCGAGGUUUUCUUUUUCUUCAUGCGUUUGACUUUUACGUGUUAUAGUUUUUCCUGGAUUUGGCAGUUCAGCAAAUCCUCCUUGUACAGUAAAGGCCAACAUGUUAUCUAACACAUAUACUUUGUCAAAUACUACAAUCCCCCUCUAAACCGCAGCCCGUAUUUCACAUCUGCAGAGCAUCUACUGAAGAAGUUGGUGAAGAAUCGAGUGUUAGGUUUGCAUGUUUUCAAUCAGAGCCGUCUUUGAUUCUCGUUUUUACUUCUGUGUCCUCAGAAGAACAUGCCGUUCUGGAGGGUUUCCUGUCGGGCCGAUCUGGAGGCUCUGAGCCAUGCACUGGAGCUGGACUACCUCUAGAGGGCGCCAGGUGCCACUCUUUGCUCUUCCAGCUUAAAGUCAUGCAAAGUGCAGCUCGUAGGUGAGGGUGCAGCAGAAAAGACUGAUUCAGAGUCUGAGCUCUGGCUCUUUGGAGCGCCCAGGUGGACAGAUUUACAGCCCGGCCAAAAGGAGCGUGGAGGUUUUCUAACCAAUGACACAUGAACAUGAAGCCAACAUGGAGGACCAAGAUUUAAAGACAAAAGGACCAAAGCUUCACAGCUAACUCCAGGGAACAACGGUUUAUACUGCAAUUGUUUUCGUUUUCUACUUCCUGCGUUAAAUUUAGUUCAUCUCAACUUUUUAAAAAAACGUGUUCCACUUUUUUAUUUUGGCAGAAAAGUGAUGCACUGAAUGAAAGUGAUCUAUUGAACACAGUGAGCACUGUACAGCUGCACGGAUGGAAAGCUUUAAUCAUCUUUUUGAUUGUUUUGUCUCGUCCUUUUUUUAUAUUUAAUUAGACUUAAACUUUUUUCCCAGUGAGAGAAAAACAAAGUUAGAAACAAGAUUAAAACAAGUAGAUUUAAGUCUGAUCAUUUCCUCCUCUUAGGUAGAGGCUUUUUAAAGUAGUCUGAUAUAUUUCACCGUUAAAAUAUGAUCUAUUUAUUUACGGUUAAUACCAUCAACCUUAAAAAAAAUUAAAAUCUCCUUCAAAAACCAAAAUUAUAAUCUUGUAAAAAAGUUAAUAAGAGCUGAAAUCCUUCACUCUGAUUCUUGGUUGUAAAUGUUGUCAUGUUUUACCCUUCCUUCUGUCCUCGUUUCCUCGUUUCCUUUCCUAACCACCUGUUUUGUAAUAUAGAUGAACUGGUUUGGUCGUGCAUGUGCCGAUCACACUGCCUGUCAGCUUAGCUUUGAUUUGUAUAUAAUGCUUUAUCGUCCAUUCCUUUUAUGACAGACAGUGAAAAAUAAAAAGAUUAAUAAAGAUAAAUUAAUUGCAUUGUGGGAGAAA